AUGGCCAGCGUAACAGAAGCUGUGAAGGAAUCCCUCCUGGGAAGUACAGAGUCGCCUCAGCUGUCCCACCAGGCGCGCUCAAACUUUGUCCGCCAUGCGCAAAAGGACGAGAAUGGCGAGCUCUUCAUGAACGAGGAGAACUUCAUUAAUGCUGUGGCACCUAAACAGGAAGACUAUGUAAGUGUCACUAGAGACUGCAGAGGUACUGAGAUCGCAAUUGCUGAUCAGAUUUCCCAACAGCACAAGAUUAAGCGCGAACAAUAUGGGAUUCUUUUCAACGUCGCAGACCGACGGAGAGCUGGCAAGCUCAACAUCACCGACUGGGCCUCCUUCGAAAACCUCCUCGCGAAGCCCGAUGCCGAGUACGAGAUCGCCUUCCGCCUCUUCGACUUCGAUGGAACCGGGAGUGUCAAGUUCGAGGCCGUGCAGGGACUCUACAACAUGAACAAGAGUGCCGACAGCAUUCCCUUUGACUGGAACUCAGAAUGGGCAUCUUUGUACGGAGGCCGCUCCAAGUCCCGCCAUGACAUGACUUACCCCCAAUUCGCCCAGAUGCUGCGCGGUUUGCAGGGUGAGCGUAUCCGUCAAGCUUUCCACAUCUUUGACAAGGACGGCGAUGGAUUUAUCCAGCCGGAAGAUUUCCAGCGUAUUAUCCUCGAGACCUCAAAACACAAGUUGUCCGAUCACGUCCUCGAGAACCUCCCCACCCUGUGCAAUAUCUCGACCAGCAACCGCAUCUCCUACGCCAAUGUGCGUGCUUUCCAGAAUGUCAUGCGCGAGAUGGAUAUCAUUGAUAUGGUGGUCCGCGAAGCAACAAAGAAGAGCAUCGAUGGCAAGAUCACUCGCUCUGACUUCCUGAACGAGGCCGCUCGCGUCACUCGUUUCUCCCAGUUCACCCCCAUGGAGGCCGAUAUCCUUUUCCACUUCGCUGGUCUCGAUGCGCCUUCAGGACGUCUCUCUCAGAAAGACUUCGCCAAGGUCAUCGAUGCUUCAUGGCGUAUCCCCGUGAUCGCUGCAAACCAGGCCGUGUCUGCUGGACAGGAAGUUGCCGAGAAGACUAAAAGUCUGCUUCACGGCGUGCUUGAGUCUGCACACCACUUUGCAUUGGGUAGUAUCGCCGGUGCUUUUGGUGCUUUCAUGGUCUACCCCAUUGAUUUGGUCAAGACUCGUCUGCAGAACCAGCGUUCGUCUCGCCCCGGCGAGAGACUGUACAACAACUCUCUCGAUUGCGCUAGAAAGGUUAUCCGCAACGAAGGUUUCACUGGCCUGUACUCCGGUGUCAUUCCUCAGUUGAUCGGCGUGGCGCCUGAAAAGGCCAUCAAGCUGACUGUGAACGAUCUCGUUCGUGAGUACUUCACCGACAAGGAAACCCACAGAAUCAAGUACGCCCAAGAAGUUCUGGCUGGUGGAACUGCUGGUGCUUGUCAAGUCGUCUUCACAAACCCCCUUGAGAUUGUGAAGAUUCGUCUGCAGGUCCAGGGUGAAAUCGCAAAGAACGUCGAGGGUGUGCCUCGCCGCUCAGCGCUCUGGAUUGUCAAGAACCUGGGUUUAAUGGGCCUGUACAAGGGAGCGAGCGCCUGUCUCCUCCGUGACGUCCCCUUCUCGGCCAUCUACUUCCCCACAUACGCACACUUGAAGUCCGACUUCUUCGGCGAAACCGCCACAAACAAGCUCGGCGUUGUCCAGCUCCUCACCGCCGGUGCCAUCGCCGGUAUGCCCGCCGCCUACCUCACCACACCCUGCGAUGUCAUCAAAACCCGUCUGCAGGUCGAAGCCCGCAAGGGUGACACCAAGUACAACGGUCUGCGUCACUGCGCUGCCACCGUCUGGAAAGAAGAGGGUCUAGCCGCCUUCUUCAAGGGUGGCCCUGCCCGUAUCAUGCGUUCUUCGCCUCAGUUCGGUUUCACCCUGGCCGCCUACGAAGUGCUCCAGAAGGCCUUCCCCAUGCCCGGUGAGGGCGACGCCAUUACACCCACUGGUCAUGUCGAGCCUAGUGUCGGCGGACAGGGCGCUAAGGCGCCUCUGCCUUACCUCCGGUCAAGGAACGCGCUCAAGCUCAUCCUUGAUCUAGACCAGAACAUUGGCCGGGUGCAGGUCCCACGGCCUGAGAACUGGCCCAAGUUCCUGCAGGGCUCAAAGUAG